UUAUAAACUCUAGAGAGAUUAUUUAGCGAACACGACACAACUCCUGCCUUUAUUCAUUAUAUCCUGGCUCUUGACUGUCAAUUCCUCUGUGAAAGCGAUCAGGAAUAGCGGACUUUUAACGUGUUCAUAUGUAAACAGGCCUGAUGGAGGAGACACACCGUCAUGAGAAAAUGAGUGAAAAAACUGACUCACUGAAGAGAAAAGACAAGAAAAAGUUCACCUGCACUCAGUGUGGAAUAAGUCUGGCAAAGAAACAUGGUCUCGAGUAUCACAUGAGGAUUCACAAUGGAGAGAGACCAUUCACAUGUACUCAGUGUGGGAUGACUUUCAGACACUCAUCAAACCUUAGUAGACACAUGAUGAUCCACACUGGAGAGAAACCAUACACAUGUUCUCAGUGUGGGGAGAUUUUCAGACACUCAUCAUCCCUUAGUAAACACAUGUUGAUCCACACUGGAGAGAAAAGACACAAAUGUGAUCAGUGCUGCAAAACAUUUUUGAUGGCAUCAGGGCUGAGGAGACACCUUGGGGUUCAUACAAAGGAGAAGCCUUAUUCAUGCACUGUGUGUGGAAAGAGCUUCACACGUCAAAAUCAUUUAGGAAUUCAUCAGAAGAUCCACACCGGUGUGAGGGAGUACAUGUGCUUUAAGUGUGUGAAAACCUUUCGUACGGCUGAACAAUUGAAAGCACAUGAGAGAACUCACACUGGAGAGAAACCUUACAUUUGUUCACACUGCAACAAGAGAUUUGCUUAUUCAGGAGCUCUGAAAAGACAUGAGAGGAUGCACGCUGCAGAGAAACCGUACAAGUGUUCACACUGUGACAAAAGAUUCAGCUUUUCAGAAAAUCUGAAAAGACAUGAGAGGGUUCACACAGGAGAGAAACCUUAUAAGUGUUCACACUGUGACAAGAGAUUCGGUGGUUUCGGAAACCUGAAAAGCCAUGAAAGGGUUCACACUGGAGAAAAACCUUACAAGUGUUCACACUGCGACAAGAGAUUCAGUUUUUCAGAAAAUCUGAAAAGACACGUGAAGAUUCACACUAGAGAGAAACCUUGUAACCUUGGGGGUGAAAAAGUCACCACAUAAACAGCAUAUCUGCUUUGUUGCUGUUUAGAUGAUUAAUUCACACACAGGUGAUAAUUGUAUGAAGAACACAACGACCCACUCAACAUCCAAGUUAACUCCAGAACAAAUGGACAAACACAAACUUUCUUCCAGACAGAAAUAAAUCCUUUCUGAAUUUCAUAUAUUACAAAUCAAC